UCAGUUUCAGUCGAGCUUCUCCAGUCGUCGUGUUCAGUUGGCGAGAGCGCAGACCCCUUGUCGAAAUUCCGACUUAUUGCGCAGAUUAAGCGCCGUGCGGAUCACAUUACGAGCAGACGAGCUGCCAUAAUACAUAAUACGUUGUGCUUGAGUGAAGAGUAAGGAGAGAGGAGUGAAGCGUGCAUAGUGAAGAGUGAAGAGUGAAGGGCGAAGGAACGGCGUGCGUAGACUCAAUUGACCUGUUUUCUGUUUAACUGCGUUUCAAUUAGACAUCGCCAAGGAAAUGCUGUGGCUUGACAGCAGAAAGCCAUGUCGCCACUAGUUGUUAGCCAGUGCAGAGUGCAAAGCUAAGCUACCCCUAAAACGAAUAUACGUGUGUUCUGCAAAAUGCCAAAGGAGAGCAAGGAAAUGCGAUCGAGCCUCGAGGCGGAGGCGAGCUGCGAUGGGCUGUCAACUGCCAAUGUCGUAGGAGGAGGCAAGCAGCUGCUGCUGCUGCUGCUACUGCUGCUGGCGCUCUUAAUGAACACAUCCUGUGUGGCGUGCGCGCGCGAUCAUCGUAAACAGACAAAUCUGGAGGCCAAAGUCGGCUCGCAUGUUGUUUUCAAUUGCUAUAUAGACUUCCCAUACGACUCGCCCAUACCUUACAUUGUCCACUGGAGCAAAGACAACAAAAAGAUCUUUACUUGGUAUGAAAAUGAGACAUCCACAAAUGAGCUAUUCAACGGGCGACUGCACCUGGUCAGCCAGCCAGGUGAAUUCGGCAGGGCCUCGAUCAAUCUGACUGCCAUACGCGAGUCUGACCAGGGCUGGUACCACUGCCAGAUCAUCUUCCCCAAUCGGUCGCCCAGCGUGCGCAACAACGGCACGCGCUAUCAUCUGGCCGUGCAGGGCGGCUCCCUGAUCAAAAUUCCGCCCGUGAACCAGACCAUUAUGGAGGGCCAGACGGCGUUCUUCCACUGCGUGAUGAAGUAUCCGGACAGCUCGCAGGCCUCCUGGUACAAGGAUGGGGUUCUGCUGCAGGAGGUGCAGGACCUGGUCCGUCGCUCCUUCAUGGGACCCGACGGCAGCCUCAGCAUCGACCCGACCAUGAUGAGCGACCUGGGCGAGUACGAGUGCAAGGUGCGAAGCAACGAAGGCGAACUGCAAACGGCCAAGGCCUUUCUCAACAUUCAAUAUAAGGCCAAGGUGAUUUAUGCACCGCCCGAGGUUUACCUGCCCUACGGUCAGCCGGCCGUGCUCGACUGCCAUUUCCGCGCGAAUCCGCCGCUGAAGAACCUGCGGUGGGAGAAGGACGGCCUGCUAUUCGACUCGUACAACGUGCCCGGGGUGUUCUACAAGAUGAACGGCAGCCUGUUCUUCUCCAAGGUGAACGAGAACUAUGCUGGCAGCUACACCUGCACGCCCUACAACGACCUCGGCACGGACGGGCCCUCGCCCAUCAUUAGCGUAAUUGUGCUGCGCCCACCCAUAUUCAGCGUGACACCGAAGGCGAUUUACAUACAGAAGCUGGGCGAGACGGCCGAGCUGCCCUGCGAAGCCAUCGACCGGGACGGAAACAAUCGCCCCACCAUUGUGUGGAGUCGGAAAGAUGGCCUGGCACUGCCAGCGGAGCGGCACAGCUUUAGCGGCGGCAAUUUGACCAUCACGAACCUGGUCGAGACGGACCGGGGCAUAUAUGAGUGCUCGGCGACCAAUGAAGCUGCAACAAUAACUGCCGAAGCCGAAUUGAUGAUUGAGAACACGGCGCCACGCCCACCCUACAACCUGACGGCGAAUAGCACGGAGAACUGCAUUACCAUACGCUGGCAGCCAGGGUAUCUACGACCCAACCUUGAGUACACCGUCUGGUACCGCCUCAGCGAUGCCCCGGAAUGGCGCACGCUGCGCGUUCUCGAAAAGACCCAGAUGGAGGCCACUGUGCAGCACCUGCUGCCUGGACGAGAAUACGAAUUCAUGGUACUUAGCCAGGACAAAUAUGGAGAUGGCAUGUUCAGUAAGCCGUUCCGUUUCCAAACGAAACCACCGCCACAAGGGUCAGAGCUAGAUGCACAGCAAUUGCAGCACCAACAGAGUCGCCAAUCGACCAUUGGGGGACUGGGUGCACCCUGGAACCUGAGUGUGCUGAGCACCCCUCAGGGCUGGCUGCUGCACUGGGAGCAUCCGACAGUGGGGCUCGACACGCUGCGCCACUAUUCCGUGCGCUGGUGGAAAGAACCGGAGCAUUUCCUCAUUGGGACAGCUGAGACCUUCGACAACUUCUAUCAGCUGCGAUAUCUAAAGGAAGACGUCUCCUUCAAGAUACAAGUGCUCGCGGUCGGGGCUGAGAACCAAGAAGUCGCUAGUCCCGAGCUAUUUCUCGAAGUGCCCUCGCAGCGCAAAGUGCGGGCUCUGAUAAUUGGCAGCUCGGUGGGCAUUAUAUUUCUACUCUGCGCUCUGUGUGCUUUUUUAUACGUGAAACGUAGCUGCCUCCUCCAUCUGUUUGCCCGGAGCAACGUCAAUGAAGGAGCCAGCUGCGACGAGGACACAGCCGAGAGCGGCGACUGCGACAGCGACCAAGAGCGAGACAGCAACAAAAUACGCACCGCCUCCUGAGAGAUGCAGAUCACGUGGAUCUUCCAGCAGGGCAGCAGAAAGUCAAAGCAACACUUGACCCAGGACGAUGAUGGGAACGAUGGGGAGGAGCAUGGAUUGUAGAAUAACACUUUUGCCGAUGAUUUACAAUACUGAUUUAUAAUUUAUUUCUAGUUUCUAAUUGUAAAAAUAAAAUCUACUAAUUUCUUAAUGUAAUGU